AUGAAAUAUAUACAUUCUACCGACUUCGAAAAAGACUUUGUCAGCGAAAGUCAGAUUGCUUUGA